AUGUUCUCGCAUAUUGUCAGCACUGCCCUGGUGGUGAUCAUCUAUGCACCCUUGGCUGCGAAGGCUGUGCCCGCGCACACCUCUCCUCUGUCCGCAACCAUACGCCAGCUCGUCGCAAGAGGCACUGGAGCCAGCAGCUUGAAUCACGUUGUGCCAUUCCACGGCGCAGGCGCCAAUUUUCUAAAUGAGGCCCAAGUCACCUUUAUCGACUCGAAUGGCAAUCAUCAUCAUUUCGGUUCCCAAGACGCGCCUCCGAUUCCCGAGCCGCCUCGUCGGACGCAAAGUCUAGGCGUGCCAAAGAGUGGACCGAUGGAUGGGCACGAGAGGCAUGCAUCAAGACGAGCCUCUUUACCCGGAUCGCUCGUCACUUAUCGCCACAACGAAAUUUCAGGCGGCCUCAAAAGUCUGACGUCGACUUCUGGCUCGAAAUCGUCCUCACAGUCUCAAGUGGUCCAGCCUCCCUUCGACACGCCUGGCUACUCGGAGUACCUGGGAAAAACGCGCUCCAAAAAGAAUCACGAGAUCCACGAGACUUGGUUCAGGGUGCCCAGGUCCUUAUCUCCUAUACAUCGAGAGCCUGGUUACGGAGCAUUGACCAUGGGACAUCCCUACAGAUCAGAGGUCGAGAGCUUGUCGAACGUACUCAAGGCUGAUCAGACGGAGACACCGAUGAUCCAUAACGGUUUCAAACCCCCGAGACCCGCAUCCACCAUGUCAAAGAGACGCCUUGACGAUGUUCCAUCGCCGACCUUCGCUGCAGGAAGCCACGUUGGAGGCUCCAGACAGCAUGUAACGUCCAAAGGCGGCCAAGUCCAUCACGCCAGGCGACAUGUCGACACGCGUUACGAGUAA